AUGUUCUGUGAGAUUAAUUUGAGUCAGACUUUGUCUGAUGAGCUUUUUGCUGUUUUAGCAUUUGCAACAUAGGGAUAUUCAGGACAGAUACUGGUUAAAGUACAAUGUGCAGACAAAACCCAAAACAAUAUCAGCAACAGUUUCACUUACCCAUUCAGACUCCAGCAGGUACAUUUCAGUGCUCCUCUAUGUGAAAGUCCAAGGAAAGAGACCCUCUUUUUCGAAGGGGGUUACACUUCAUCUGCAAAAUUUUUCAUCACUGUGUCAGUCUUGGCUUUUCUCUAUUCCCUCUUGGCCACAAUAGUUUACAUUUUCUACCAGAACAAAUACAGAGAGAAAAACAGAGGUCCAGUAGUUGACUAUUUGGUGACAAUAGCUUUUUCUAGUCUUUGGCUGAUAAGCUCAAUUGCCUGGGCUAAGUCUCUGUCUGAGGUGAAAACAGCCACUGAUGUGUAUCAGAUUCUGCUGUUAAUGUCUGCAUGUAGAGCCCAGGAGAACCUAUGACAGGUCCUGCAAGAGCUCAUCUGGACAAACAUGUCUAUGGUGAGUUUAUUGCCUUUUUUUUUUUACUUCUUUCUUUGGACUGGUAAUAUUUGUUUUGCCUACAAAGAGACAGGUUUGCACAAGUCAACCCAAUGAUAUCCCUCCAGAACUCCCUCCAAGGCACGCAGCAGCUUCAGGCAAUACAGUCAAACCAGUUUAGAUCAGUCUGGAACUGGUUUUGGCCAGAGGCUCUACAACCAGGGGAGUUUUGACUUAUCGAACAGAGGCUUCAACCUACCCCAAACCAAUUUAAGAGAGUCCAUGUUGUACCAACAGGACGGGAGUCCCACAUCCAGAGGCCCUUUCAUAUUUGUUAAUGAGAUCGUAUUUUGUUAA